AAGAAAGUUGAUUGUGAAUCGAACUCUCAAACGAAUAGGAACGCUCUGCAGUGAAUAGAGUUUAGGCCGAGAAAUAAAGUGAAAUAAUUGGCCAAAAGUGAAGUAAAAACUAGUGCUAACCAACAGCAAAUGAUCGGCGAAUAAGGCUAUCAACUUAAAGCAACUUAAAGCCAGUCUUUUCGGGGCUUUUGCAUCCUUAAUAACUACGCCAGCAAAUCGCUGUGAAAAUUGCUAACUAAGCACAGAGAUCAACAGGAAAACUGUUCCAAGUUCAAAAAUGUGUUAUUUACGUGGAUGUCAAGACACGUACACCGUUUCCAACGUGCAUAAAGUGCCCGGAGUUGCAACAAAGAAAGACAUCCAAAGUGGGGCUCCACGGGGCAGAAAAAACUCGAAGCGCAGCUGCAGCAACUUUUCUCUACAUACAUACAUAUGUAUACCCCCGCAUACAUAUAUGUUCGUGAAUAGUGUGCAUCGGGUGUACAAAGAAAACGGGUCUUUGUUCUGUCCACGAAUCGAUGGCCAUGCAACAACUACAACCACAUGAAGGAUAAGUUGUACGUUACCGUUGAGUCCAACUUCAUGAGAAUGACUUCAAAUGGAAAUACAUAAAAGUUUGAAUACUUCAAACCGAGCCAAACACUCCCGAUUGAGCAUGCCGAUAAGUGCCAAUGAUGGACGAUCGAAGAUUUGUGAUCUGGGCCGGCAGGAUUUGGUAUUUAUGACUACUAUUGUACUUGCUACCAAGCUAACGACCCACCUACUCCACAAUCAACCUCAACAUUUCUAAGUAUAUCCCAGGCAGUGUAAAAGCGUAUCAUGCUACCAACCAUUUUGUCUAUGCCAUAUGAACAUAAAUAUGUAUAUCGUUAGAUCGUAAGUGUCAUUGCAGGCCCACCAACAAUCCAAACCAAACCAAACCAAACUACAACAAUCAUCGCCGCUAACCAAAUAUUUCUUUUUAUAUGCCAUAUAUACAUAUUCCUUUAUAUAUACUUCCAAAUAAACCCAAACCCUGCCCAGCACCCCAUGACUUAUGAAGCGUUCGCCUUUCAGUGUCCAAGUACCAAACCGCCUACGCCUGCGAAGGUAAGAAACUGACCAUUGAGUGCGAGCCUGGUGAUGUGAUCAACCUUAUAAGGGCCAACUAUGGCCGAUUCUCGAUUACCAUCUGCAAUGACCACGGGAAUGUGGAGUGGAGUGUCAACUGCAUGUUUCCCAAGUCUCUCAGCGUGCUGAACUCAAGAUGUGCCCACAAGCAGAGCUGCGGUGUUCUGGCAGCUACGAGCAUGUUCGGGGAUCCCUGUCCCGGGACCCACAAAUAUUUGGAGGCGCACUACCAGUGCAUAAGUGCUGCCUAAACGUCGACGACGACCAACAGGCCCAGUCCGCCGCCAUGGGUGCUGAGCAAUGGCCCGCCGAUCUUUGGCAACGGCAGUGGACUGAUCCAUCCGCCAGGGAUUGGAGCGGGUGGGCCGCCUCCACCGCGACUUCCCACACUGCCCGGAGUGGUGGGAAUCAGUGGAAAUCCCGGCCUGUUCAACGUACCACCGCAGCACACCGCCGUCACGCACUCCACGCCCUCGAGCAGCACGACAGCCCUGGGCGGUGGGCGUUUGAAAGGUGUGGCCACCUCUACGACGACAACUAAGCAUCCGGCUGGUCGCCAUGAUGGUCUACCACCGCCACCGCAACUGCACCACCACCACAACCACCACAGUGAUGACACUGCCACACCCACCAAGCCGAGCAGCAAGUUGCCGUCUGGCGGAAAUGCGACUUCACCAUCCAACACGAGGAUACUCACGGGGGUGGGAGGAUCCGGAACUGAUGAUGGAACCCUACUGACCACGAAGAGCUCACCCAACCGCCCGCCGGGCACAGCGGCCAGUGGAUCCGUAGUCCCCGGGAAUGGCAGCGUGGUGCGCACCAUCAACAACAUUAAUUUGAACGCAGCCGGGAUAUCCGGAGGCGAUGACGAGUCCAAGUUGUUUUGCGGCCCCACUCAUGCCCGGAAUUUGUACUGGAACAUGACUCGAGUGGGUGAUGUAAAUGUUCAGCCCUGUCCUGGCGGAGCAGCCGGCAUCGCCAAGUGGCGUUGCGUGCUUAUGAAGCGGAUGCCGGACUCCGGCUAUGAUGAGUACGAUGAUGACCCCAGCUCCACAACUCCAGCGCCCAACGGCGGCGACUGUCUGCACAACAGCAGCAGCUGCGAGCCGCCGGUGAGCAUGGCCCACAAGGUAAACCAGCGUCUGCGCAACUUUGAACCCACCUGGCAUCCCGCGACACCUGAUCUGACGCAAUGCCGCAGCCUUUGGCUCAACAAUCUGGAAAUGCGGGUCAACCAGCGGGACUCCUCCCUGAUCUCCAUUGCCAACGACAUGUCCGAAGUGACCAGUAGCAAAACGCUCUACGGCGGAGACAUGUUGGUCACCACAAAGAUUAUCCAAACAGUGUCUGAGAAGAUGCUGCACGACAAGGAGACCUUCCCGGAUCAGCGACAGCGCGAGGCUAUGAUCAUGGAGUUGUUGCAUUGUGUGGUCAAAACUGGCUCCAACCUACUGGACGAGUCGCAGCUGUCCUCGUGGUUGGACCUCAAUCCGGAGGACCAAAUGCGUGUAGCCACCUCCUUGCUAACUGGCCUGGAAUACAAUGCCUUUCUGCUGGCAGAUACGAUUAUCAGGGAGCGCAGCGUGGUGCAAAAGGUUAAGAAUAUAUUGCUGUCUGUUCGAGUGUUGGAAACUAAGACCAUUCAGUCCAGCGUGGUCUUCCCAGAUUCGGAUCAGUGGCCCUUGAGUUCGGAUCGCAUUGAGCUGCCCCGAGCUGCUCUUAUAGACAAUAGUGAAGGCGGCCUGGUGCGAAUUGUAUUCGCCGCCUUUGAUCGCCUGGAGUCCAUUCUCAAGCCCAGCUAUGAUCAUUUCGAUCUCAAGAGCUCCCGCAGUUACGCCAUUCUGAGCAACGACAGCGAUGUCAACGCAGGGGAAAUCCAGCAGCGCCUACGCAUCCUGAACAGCAAGGUGAUCUCGGCCAGCUUGGGCAAGGGGCGUCACAUACAACUCUCCCAGCCCAUUACCCUGACCCUGAAGCAUUUGAAGACCGAAAAUGUGACGAAUCCCACCUGCGUAUUCUGGAACUAUAUUGACCAUGCAUGGUCUGCCAACGGAUGUAGCCUGGAGUCCACAAACCGCACGCACAGCGUCUGCAGUUGCAACCACCUGACCAACUUUGCCAUACUAAUGGACGUUGUAGAUGAGCAUCAGCACUCGUUGUUCACCAUGUUCGAUGGAAAUAUGCGCAUAUUCAUCUAUAUAAGCAUCGGCAUCUGCGUAGUGUUCAUAGUCAUUGCCCUGCUUACGCUGAAGCUGUUCAAUGGGGUCUUUGUGAAGUCCGCCCGCACCUCGAUCUAUACCAGCAUUUACCUUUGCCUCCUGGCCAUCGAGCUGCUCUUUCUACUGGGCAUUGAACAGACCGAAACAAGCAUUUUCUGCGGCUUCAUUACUAUUUUCCUACACUGUGCCAUCCUAUCAGGCACCGCCUGGUUUUGUUAUGAAGCCUUUCAUUCGUACUCAACGCUCACCUCGGAUGAGCUCCUUCUGGAGGUGGACCAGACGCCCAAAGUGAACUGCUACUACCUCUUGUCCUAUGGACUGUCGUUAAGCGUAGUGGCCAUCUCGCUGGUAAUCGAUCCCAGCACCUAUACCCAAAACGAUUAUUGUGUGCUGAUGGAGGCGAAUGCACUGUUUUAUGCCACCUUUGUAAUUCCGGUGCUUGUCUUCUUUGUGGCUGCGAUUGGCUACACGUUCCUCUCCUGGAUUAUAAUGUGCCGCAAAAGUCGCACGGGUCUUAAGACUAAGGAACAUACUCGCCUCGCUAGCGUGCGGUUCGACAUACGUUGCUCCUUUGUGUUCCUUUUGCUGCUCAGCGCUGUUUGGUGCUCAUCCUACUUCUAUUUGCGAGGAGCCAAAAUGGACGAUGACACGGCUGAUGUAUAUGGAUAUUGCUUCAUUUGCUUCAACACAUUGCUGGGGCUCUAUAUCUUCGUGUUUCAUUGCAUUCAAAACGAAAAGAUCCGGCGGGAGUAUCGGAAGUAUGUGAGACAGCAUGCUUGGUUGCCCAAGUGCUUGCGCUGCUCGAAAACAUCUAUUUCCUCGGGCAUUGUCACCGGUAAUGGACCCACAGCCGGAACCCUUUGCAGUGUUUCCACGUCCAAGAAGCCCAAACUGCCAUUGGGAGUAAGCGAAGAGGCGCAUGACGAUCCCCAGCAGCAACAGCACACGCCAGUGCCCAUCACUGAGGAUGCCAUUAUGGGAGCAAGCUCUGAUUGUGAACUAAACGAGGCCCAACAAAGGAGAACCCUGAAGAGUGGGCUGAUGACGGGCACACUACAGGCUCCACCGCAGACCCUUGGCGGCCAUGUUGUGCUCGAAAGAGGCAGCACUCUUCGCUCCACUGGUCAUGCUUCACCCACCAGUUCUGCAGGGUCCACACACCUGAUUUUUGCCCACAAGCAACAACAACAGCAGCAGCAACAGGGACCUUUGGGUGAGUCUUACUACCAUCAGCCGGACUACUACAGCUGGAAGCAGCCACCAACUGGAACAGGAGGAUUGAAAACACCGCGGGAGUACUACAAUAAUACAGGUGCUUCUGCAUCCUCGCCGCAACAGGCACACGAGGUAUUCUACUGGACUCAAAAGCCUAACAGCGGCCAACAUGGCAAAAAGAAGAGAGGCGCUGGAGGAGUUCCUGCCUCGCCAAGUGGAUCUUUGCACAGUCGCACGGCCGCCGCCUCCCAGGUGCUAUUCUAUCCAUCGUACAAGAAGACCAAGGCUGGCCAGCCAACCGGCUAUCCGCAAUACACGGAGGCGUUGGACCCACCACUAGCCACUGGCAAUGCGGCUGCCUACUACCAGCAGCAGCAACAGUUGCGUCGCCAGCAGCUACAUCAGCAGCAGCAGCAACUCUCCUCGGACGAGGAGCAGGUCGAGCAACAUGCUCACUUGUUGCACUUGCAACGACGAGCUGGUAGCCAGCAGCAGCUCCCUGCUCCACCGCCACACAUGGCGCAGUACCAGCACGAGUUUAUGCAGCGCCAGUAUAGAAAUAAGCAUUCCAACUGUGAUCUGGGCAUGGGCGAUGCCUACUACAACCAAGGCAGCGUUGGCGGGGCGGAUGGUGGGCCGGUCUACGAGGAGAUCCUCAGCAACCGCAACUCGGAUGUGCAGCAUUACGAGGUGGGUGACUUUGAUGUGGACGAGGUGUACAACAAUAGCGUUGGCACUGGCGUCUUCAACAACAUGAGAGCGGCAGUGGCCGCCGGCGGAAGUCGUUACGGCGGCGGAAGCCUGAGUGGCGGCAGUGUUUCGUCCAGGAGCCAACAGCAGCAGCUCAAGAAGCAGCAGCAACAACAGUCGCUGGCUCAGCAAAGAUCUGCUCGACGCUGUACAGCGGAUGACGAUGACGACGAGGAAGAGGAGGAGGAUGAGGAGGCAACGGCCGCGGAGCAAUUGCACGACAGCGUCUGUGAUGAGGAUGAGGAGGAGGACGAGAGCGACUUGGAGGAUGAUGCUCAUGGAUUGCCACCCCAGAGUGAUGAGCGGAUGCGUCGUCUAAUGGCGAUGCAAGACGAGGAUUUUAAGCGGCGGUUUCAACGUCAACUGCGCAAACAUGGAGCGCCCCUUGACUACGGGGCUUUGCCGCCAGGAUCAGGUCCGCAACCCGAGCACAACGGUGCGGUUUUUGGGGUUAGCGGCGGCGUUGGUGAGGGCUCCAUGCGUGGCGCAUUCCGGCAGCAGCAGCAAGCACUGAAUGCCAAGUCGCCAGGCGGCCGUUUGGCGGUAAAUGAUCUAUUCGGUCACGGCAACUCGGGACCACCGCUGCCGCCGGCGAAUCAGACGCCCGCGCAGAAGCGUCAGCAGCUACAGAAACUGUCACCACAGUCCACCACAUCAUCGUCGUCGCAUACAUCACAUAGCAACCCAAAUCCGCAUCCUCUCCAGCUUAACCAUCCGCAUCCCCCGCACCAUCAGCAGCGCCAUCUGUCGGCCAUGCUCGAUGAGAACAACACGGUCCGAUGUUAUCUGGAACCACUGGCUAAGUGAUCAGUUAACGCAACUCCCCCGAAACAGUCUUAGGCAAAAAUUGUAGCUUAGGAUCUCUAGCUAUACCUAGUAUUAGUCGUUAGUCGAAAUAUGGAGCAUUGUGUGAAACAACAUGCUGUCAUGCUAUACGUGCAGUGAUUCGAAAAUCCCAAAACUUUAUAAAUGUAUAUGAAAUAACUCAAACCUAGACCAUAGGGCACAUCCAUCCCCCUGCGGUGCCGUGCAAGCUUAACCAAAACUCGAGCUUUGUGGGGUUGGAAUUGGGCCCUUCGACUUGCAUGCAUUUUAUACCAACUUGGAAAUCGAUAUUAAAUAUAAAUGUAUGUACCAUAUAUGUAUGAUGUAUUGUAAUACAUGUCACCACAUGCCAUUUUUAAAUACUUAAAAACUAAUUUAAACAACCAGAAAAUCAAGUAUAUAUAUAUGGAUGUAUAUGUAUAAGAUCUAGGAACUGUAUGUACAUGAUAUAUAAAAUGCAGGCGAAUUAUGUUUUAUGUAUUUUGUAAGGAAUCAAUUGUUUUUGAUUUACGCUGAUUUUGCUCGUAAGAUAUAUAUACACACAGGCUUAAGAUUUGUUUUGUGUUUCAUAAACCAAAAAACUAUCCUACGUUUCGAAAGAUUGUCAUUUUUUGCUAUCUAGCUGCCGUUUUCCACCUAUAGAACCAAAAUUCCUUCCAACUGCGAGUCAAGUGGAAAAUAAGAUGUUAGGGGAAAUAUUUUGCAAUUUUGUUGCUGCAUUUCAGCUAUGUUGUAAACAAACCAGAGCGAAGCAUUUGAAGUGUACAUUUUCAUCAAUAUAGAUGCUUUAAGCACACAUAGGGGCAUUUACUUUAUAUUUUUGAGAGAGACAGAGCUCGUGAAAUGCUUUAUUAUUUUACGAAACCGAUACAGAUAGAGCAGCAUACGGAAAUACCUAUAUAGCAAAGAAAGAUUUCAACCAAACCUCACUUGUUAACUAGGAACUAACUGAAAACUCUUGAAACACUAGCCAGCUGAUAUCCACACACUAAACUGAACUAUUCCUAUUCCCUGAAUGGCAUUCUCCCUAGAACUUCACGCAUGUGUACAAAAACCAAAUAAAAUAUAGUGCAAACCA